GGCAGACUAACAGAAACGAAUCAUUGGACUCAGAGACACAAUGGAGACUGAAUACGACCAAGUUCUUCACUCCGUUGCUCAGGUUAAAAUCGCUGACCAAACCGGUGUGAACCAAGACGAGGACGGCGUAAAGGUUUCGUGCUUCACUGAAGUUCUCGAUGAUGUCACUCUUCACUUCCAGAUCAUCCGUCUCGCAAAACAGAUUUAUGUAUGGAUUGGUUAUAACUCCGCCAAAUUUGGGAACUUAUACGCAGCCGCUUCAACUCGACCGAGUAAUACAGUAAGUGUUGCUACCGUACUUGGUGGAACAUCUGAUAACACUGGAUCUGGCAUUGCCCAUAGAUUAGUGAUGAAGACUGGUCUCAAUAUAAUCAUGGCUUGCAACAUCCCUAAAAACAAUCCCUUGCUCGAGGCAAAAGCUGAGAAGAUGUUGAUGAGAAAAUUGAUUGAUCUUGGUUACACAAUGCCAACGCCUUUACGAGCAACAUAACCUGAAGAAGGAAUCGAUUUUCGCAGUUUCUUGAGAUUGUUUCUCUCCUCUUUGUAUCCCAUAAUUUGUGAACGAUUCUUGAAAUUUCUUAAACCGAGAGUGUCAGCUUUUUCCUGCUAGUUUACAGAAUCUUUAUGAUUGUUUUUUUUUUGGUUAUUUGAAUGACGUCAAAUAUCGUUAUUCUUAGUACCACUGGUGGACUUUGGUUUCUUGUUUUCUAUGUUCAUAAUCUUGAGCUUCCCUA